AUGGACACAAGAGGUCUUCCAUCGUCGUCGCCGUCCUCAAGUCAAGCCCCUUACCAACGCGUCCCCUCCCUCUCUUCUGCACCUAUCAUGGACCACAACCAAUCCAACAUAAACAACCUGCCACCUGCAGGGGAACUCGCCUAUACCAACAGUAACAACGGCAUGACUGGCGGAUAUGUCUACCCUUCAGACCACCAACUGCAAUUCAACCCUGCAGCAUCCAAUAACGCUCCUCCGAACUCGUACCACAACCCCUUUUACCCUGAUCCUCAACACCAACAACAGCACCAGGACGAUAACGACCACAAUAACCAACUCUCAUCGUCCUCACCCCUCCGCCUCGACAACGACAACAACAUCAACAACAACAGCAACUACCCCAACAACCAAGACGACGACGCCGAGUCCAUCGCACCCAUAUACCUAUCCACGAUCACCCCGCCAGGAAAGAUCCUCCUCCUCCAAACCUUAACCACCCUCUCGACCAUCGUCUUCACCGUCAUCCCCGUCGUCAUCAAGGCCGGGCCCGACGCGACUUGGGGGAAUUGGUAUACCUGGCGGGAUGCUGUUCGGCUGAUUGAGCCCUUUGUCAGUGGGUUGUUUCAUUCUUGGUUCUUUUAUUCCUCGGAUCUUAUGAGGCGCUGGAAUCGGGGUCCCAUCGGCUAUGAUGAUGGCCGGAAUAACUAUCGUACGUCGACGUUGGCGAGGUCUAGUUCUUGGGGGGAUGUGGCGUUGGACAAUAAGCAGGGCGGAGGUGGAGGAAGGUCCGGAGGUAACAUUUCAUUGGACGACCAGAAUCAACACCAGAAUCAACAGCAGCAGGGCCAACGACACUACAGCCCGGUCCUUUCAAGGAAAUCGUCGUCAUGGAAGCACACUCCAACGUUCAGGGCAUUCCUCGCAAACGUAUUCACAUUCUUCCUAAUCGUCUAUGUCACGGGCGCUGCCAUCCACACCGCCGCCGCAUUCUUCAAGAACAUCAUCGUCCUCUUCCUCGAACAGUAUUCCCAGGGCAUCGGCCUCUCAACCCACCCACCCACCACCGGCAGCGGCCAACUCUCUCUCGCACUGGCGACACAAUUGAAGGAGGGGUACUUGUUGAUCCAGGAUACAUGGGAACACAACGUCUCGCAUUACAUGUAUGCCUUGGGAGCAUUGGGCAUGUCAUGGUGUGAGAUGGUGGCCUAUUCUGGCCAGGUCUUGCCCGUGGGUGUCAACUUGGCUAGAGUUGGCCAGAUCUCGACGAAUGGCAGUCAGUUGGGUGUCAGGAGCAGGAAGAGUAGUAAGAAGUUGGUUGUUUUGUGGAUCUUGGCCGGCGUACUCUAUGGCGGUAUCGUUGCAGGCGUCGCAUGUCAAUAUCCAAAGGGCCUGUACGUGGGCCUGAUUUACGUUGCCGCCCUGUUCAUGAUCCUAGUGAUAUACAUCCUCUCCCGCCCUACGCGAGGCCUAUUCACGCUAGGACGCCACUACAUCCUGCAGACAUAUCUCAUUGGUAUGGUUGUCGCCGCAGUAGCGAUUGUCAUCUACUUGGCCACCCACCACUUUGAGUUCCUGACCAGCAACGACAAAUCCCACCUUGCCUCCACCACUCGACCAUAA